ACCAAAAAAUGAUGGAGGGAGAUUUCGAAACGAGAGCACUUCACUUUUUGCAGUCGGAGAUUGAGUUGCAAAGAUAUCAGAAAAUCAGAAUAUCUUGUUGACAGACACCACCAAUCCAGUGCAUUCACCACAAGCAACAACCACCAUGAUGACAUCUCCUACCUUUCUACUGCUCGCGACUCUCCUUCUCUAUCUUCCAUCCGUAUCGGUUGCGAACUAUUGCUCGGGUGGAGGCACCGUCAACAGCUUGGCUCCUGGCCAAAAACAGCAGUUUACUUGCUCGGGGACGUGUUAUGCCUGUCUGGUGUCAUACACGGUAUCCAUCAACCCUUCCGCCACUCAUACGUACUAUAUGAAUUUUCUGGACAAUGGUGGAAAUUACAUCUUGGACGCUACAUCCACAACGCAAGGUGCUACAUCCGGAGGUCCUUCCUUGUUUGGAGACGGCGAUGGAAAAUCGGAUUUGCAGCUCGAAAUCGAAUGUGCCAACUCUGCUGGCAACUGCGACGGAAUGUCCGUCUCCUUUGGAUUUGUCAAUUGUGCUUGUGCGCCAGACUUGUAUCUCCAUUCCAGUUGCUCGGGGACGCGCGAUGCCGACUGUCGCACAGAGCCAAAGACCCCUUCCAGCAUUUGUUUCUCGGGAGACACCACGGUUCACGUACAAAAAGAAAAAGACUCGGUGGUGGUACCGGUGCCAAUGAAGGAUCUACAGGUUGGCGACCGUGUCCUCACCAAUAGCAACGAGAAGGAUCCCUACAUGCCCAUCUACAUGUUUGCCCAUAUUGACAAGACGGUUCCCACGGAAUACCUACAGAUUUACACCACAGCUUCCAUCACAACAGCAAUGCCCAAUACAAAUUUCUCCAUGUCGGCUCCUUUGGAGAUCUCGGAGGAUCACAUGGUCUAUGUGGUGGCCAAGAAUGGAAAGACAACCGGUCCAGUUCCGGCCGUUUCCCUCAAGGUCGGUGACCUUUUGCUUCAGAAAGCAUCCCAGGGAGAAGAAGAAAAGCAGGCGGCAAUGGUGACUAUGAUCCGUCACGUCACUCGGCAAGGCUUGUAUGCUCCACUGACACCGGAUGGGACCAUUGUGGUCACGGACGAGAAGCUUGUCGCUUCCACCUAUGUGACUGUCGUUCAAACUCCGCCAAUGCCAUUAUUGUUGCACCAAGCUGAUAUGGUCCAUGUGUGGCUCAGUCCUCUUCGAGUUGCGUGCCUCCUUGGCGGGGAGUGGCUGACGGGGACCCUCUGUGAGAAUAACCACAACGAACAAGGCAUGCAGUACUUGGUAGCGUUGGGGUUGGAUUUUGCAAAGUUCAUGGACAGUCGUGGUCAAGCCACUCGACUCCUGCUAGUUCUCUUGUCCGUGAUUGUGACGGGGCCAUUCCGAAUCCUGGAGUUGGCCCUCGGUCCGUCUUACUGGAACUACAGCAGUAGUGGAGGCCUACCGCUUCUCUUUCUGAUCGUUGCGGUGUCUUGCGUCAUGUUUCGUCGUACUACUGGAGGACGACAUGGCACCCAAAAACGCCGAGGAGAAGAGUAAAAACGGAGAUGAAUGCUAGUUGAUCUUUGGCGCAAUUGCGGCCCUUCGAUGGGCAUGCUGCAGUUUGUAGCUUUGUGUACAUACAUAAUAAGAUGUGAUGAAUAUGUUCGUAGCUUAGAUAGAUGUUUGAACAAGCCUUCCCAGCUAGACAGAGUAUUUUCAAAG